AUGUUUGGAAUAACGUUUUUCGUUUUAAAAAGAAUGCCAAGGGUCUUCACCCUGAUGUUCAGUUUUAUAACUGUCUUUCUAACCGUCUUCCUGCUGCUUGGAUGCCAUGACCCUGCACAACACUCCACAUAUGUCACAAGGUAUCAGUUUAAUAAGGCAUCACCUUUAUAUCCGGUGAUCCAAAACUCAUUCGCUGCAGACAAUGCAACUAAAGGAUUAGAGAAAGUAAGAGUCUAUGUGGGGUAUCUUGGAGUAUGUGUGAGAGACAUACCGCCCGCAUAUUCGUCAGAAUCUAUUGCGUGUUUUGGUCGAAAGAACUUCACCUCAUCGCCCCUUUACGACGCCUUAAACAUCAAGGUCUUCAAUAUUCCAUCCGCUAAGAGUGAGGACUCUAAAAACACUCAAUUGAACAUGUUAGAAUUAGCACAUAUUCAAGUCGCCGACGUAAUGCAACCAUAUUUGCUUAGCGCAUGUACUAUACUUACCCUACUCAUGUUUUUUAUGAUCGUGUACGUCCUCAUCCCAAUGCUCCCUAGUAAGCGCGUUUUCCACAUUGGACUUGUUGCAAUUACUCCAGUACUCGUCAUUCUAUUCUCAGCUAGCUCAAUUUGGACCCACGUUGCUAGCACGUCUGCUAAGCGAUUAAUUCCACAGGCCAGUAUGGACAUUAUUGCCAUAUCGAAGGGAAAAAAGGCCUCAUCUAUGACAUGGCUGUCUUGCAUACUCAUUAUAUUAAAUUGCAUAAUACUUUGGGCUGUAUAUAUUAAAGAUAGAAGGAAUGAGGACGAUGAACCUCCUCAGAGGGCUGAGUACAAUAAGUAUUCUCGCAAUGACUAUGGGAGAUAUCCAAGCGACGGCUCUACGAUCGAAUCUAAGCGCUAA